AUGCCCUAUAACAUCGCUAUGGUUAGCGACAACUUCUAUCCCCAACCUGGAGGAGUGGAGAGUCACAUGUACCAAUUGUCGAGUAAACUCAUCGAUCGUGGACACAAAGUCAUCGUCAUCACACAUGCGUACAAUGGUCGAAAAGGCGUUCGAUACCUGACCAACGGCCUCAAAGUCUACUACGUCCCGUUCUGGGUCAUCUACCGCGAGACGACCUUCCCUACCGUCUUCUCCUUCUUUCCCAUCUUCCGCAACAUCGUAAUCCGCGAGCGCAUUGGAAUCGUACACGGACAUGCCAGCCUGAGUAGCUUAUGCCAUGAGGCCAUAUUACAUGCGCGGACCAUGGGAUUGAGAACCGUCUUCACGGACCACAGCCUGUUUGGCUUUGCGGAUGCUGGGAGUAUCCUUACCAACAAGCUCCUCAAGUUCACCCUAAGCGACGUUGACCAUGUCAUAUGCGUUAGUCAUACUUGUAAAGAGAAUACUGUGCUUCGAGCGUCCCUAGACCCUCUCAUGGUCUCCGUCAUCCCGAAUGCAGUCGUUGCAGAGAACUUUCGUCCUCUAUCGCAUGAUUCGAUCGAUCCUACCCACACAAAAGCACCGGGGCCGCAGCAGCCCAUGGACCCAGACGAGAUCAUCACUGUCAUUGUGAUUCAGCGACUCUACUAUAACAAGGGCACCGAUCUUUUAGUAGCUGCUAUACCCCAUAUUGUCGCCGCCAACCCCAACGUUCGCUUUAUCAUCGCUGGCAAUGGACCCAAGGCUAUCGACCUUGAACAGAUGAUUGAGCGCAAUGUGUUGCAAGACAAGGUUCUCAUGAUCGGCCCAGUCCGUCAUGAGGAAGUCCGAGAUGUCAUGGUUCGUGGUCACAUAUACCUCUGCCCGUCACUGACCGAGGCGUUUGGCACGGUCAUUGUGGAAGCUGCAUCCUGCGGGCUGUAUGUUGUGGCAACUCGAGUCGGUGGUAUUCCCGAGGUGCUGCCCACUCACAUGGUAGAGUUUGCAGCGCCUGAAGAGGACGAGCUUGUUGAAGCUACUGGGCGUGCCAUCGCCAAACUGCGAGCCGGCAAAGUAAGAACAGAGCUGUUCCACAACCAAGUCAAGCAGAUGUACUCCUGGACUGACAUUGCGCAACGAACGGAGAGGGUGUAUGAUGGCAUCAGUGGUGUCAUAAGUCACGGUGAGUUUUAUCAGGGUGCAGGGGCAGCUGGCGCUUGGAGUGCCACCCGUGGUCGCGCAGGCGUGCAGAGUUUUGCGCUCAUCGAGAGGUUGAAGAGAUAUUUUGGCUGCGGAAUCUGGGCGGGCAAGCUCUUCUGCAUUUGUGUCAUUGUCGACUACCUGAUCUACCUUGUUUUGGAAAUCUUUGCACCCAGAUCAAGGAUCGACAUUUGCAAGGAUUGGCCUAAGAAGAUGUUCCAAGCAAAACAAGGGACUAGCACGAGGCUUAUGGUUGACAUUGACGCCGACAAAGGAACAUUGCUCAGGAAAAGAAGCUCCAGGUAUCGUAAGCCGAAAAGAGAACAGCUGGAGGAUAGUUGA